AUGAAGCUGCUAAACGCCUAUCAUUUUAAUCUGCCUCCCUCAGGCGUCAACACAUUGUCGAAUUUGACCUUCAUACAAUUGAUAUGGCGCAGAAACGGUACCCUGUCUGAUGAGCAGAUCGCUAAACUGGUCUUCACCGUUAACCUUCAACUGACGAUAAGUCGGCCGCCUUAUCUCGUCUCUGAAACUAUAAACGGAACCUCAAGACUACGUCUCGCCAACCUGCUCACGAGCAUAGUGGACCCGGCUUACUUGGAGGGUGUGACGCGGGUCCGAGUCAACGUAAACAUGUGGCCAAAUGCGACAAGGUAG